GGAGAAGUUACAGUUGGAGAGAGACAAUGUCCAGACAGAAGCUGACAUUAAGAUUUGUAAUGGUGAGGUGGCCAUGUUACAGAAAGAACUGGACGCCAUUACAGCCACACUACAACAGCUAGAGAACCAGAAAGAACAGGCUCAGAAAUGUCUGGACGAACUCGACGAAAAGAAAUCUGACCUUGAAAGUAAUGUUCGUGAUUUGAAGGAAAAAUGUGACAUGGAACUGAAAAGUAUUGAGGAGUUACGGUCACAGAUCAACAACAGGGAGAAGUCUGUGCAGAACCAAGAGAAAGAGCUGGAGAAAUUAAGAGUGGAACUAAAUUCACUGAGGGAGGAAGAAUCAAAGAUGGAACAGCAAGUGGAGGGUGGAAAACAACAACUGGAAUUGCUGGUCAAAUCACAAAAUGAUCUACAGCUUCAAAUAUCACAGACUCGUCAGAGAGUGCAACAUUUGAAUGAUCAGGAGAGAGGGUUAAAACACAGCAUAGCCAGUUAUAGCAGUGUUAACAGUGAGGUGUCUAAUAUCUUCUCCAAUCAGCUACAGGAUGAUCUUAGUACUAGGGCUACUUAUGGAAGCCCAGUCAGUACCAUCAGUAAUUUCAGUGCGGGGUCAGCCUUGGACGACUUUAAGGAGGAUCCGUUUAAGAGUAAGGACGUGUUUGGGGGCGAUACAGGUGGAGGAGGAUCUGACCCAUUUCAGAGUGACGACCCAUUUAAAGAAAGUGGUGAUCCUUUUAAAUCCUCGUUUGGUUCCGAUCCAUUUUCGUCUGAUGAUCCAUUUAAAUCCUCCGACACAUUCGAGAGUUCCUCCAAGAUGGUAAAGGAAGAUCCCUUUAAUAGUGUGGACCCAUUUGCAUCAUUUGGAGGUACAGAUAAUUCCAAACUAGAUGCUUUUGAUCCUUUUGGGAAAGGAGGAUCCAGCACAAAACCAAGUAAACCAGACAAUCUAUUUGGUGGUGACCCUUUUGCACCAAAAUCCCCUUCUCGACCUUCUCUGGGACCCAAGUCACCAGCUCCGGCUUUGCCCCCCAAACAGAAGAAACAGCCUCCCCCAAGACCCGCCCCUCCCAAAAACAGACCCACCCCCAGCCCCAGUCAACAGCUGGGGGGAUUCGACAGUGAUCCAUUUGCAGGUAUGUGUUGUUUGGACAUAAAGCUUUGACUUAGUAAUGUUAUAUACAAUUUAUUCUCGAUA